UACGUCUAGAAAAUAAAAUAUAUAUAUAUAUAUACGUCUAGAAAAUCAAACAUAUGAGAUGUGUAAUGUGGGUCUCAAACUCAAUACUCAAAACAUAUCAAUAAAGUUUAGGAUAUAGGGUAACUGUCUAACUCAACAAUAAGAUUUAUAGAAAUAUCAUCAUGUCAAACUUAGAUUUAUAUUUUAAAAUUAUGGGAUUCUCUGAUAUCGAUCUAUUAUACAAAAGUUGUCUGGAGGGGGCUUAUAAUUCAAUAUUUGAAAAGCAAGAUUCCUAUAUAUAUAUAUAUAUAUGUCAAUUUAAAGUAAGAAUGGCCAGUUUCAUUUUUUGUUUAUAUUUUUUGAUAAAAAAAAAAUCCUACAUAAAUAAAACAGUCACUUCACUUGUUUCAUUCAUACUCUCAUCUUCCUCUAUCUCUCUCUUCUUUUUCCGGCAUAACUUGUUUGAUCCUAUAGCUAAACUCCAUAACCUGUUUCAUCGAUAAAGUGUCUUUUGCUUCAAUAUCUAUCCCUUACCACUUUUAGAGAUCAUAUUUAAAAAUGUCGGGAAGAAGAUCACGUUCGAGGCAAUCAUCAGGAACUACAAGGAUGUCAGAGGAUCAGAUCAACGAUCUCGUAAUCAAGUUGCAGCAGCUUCUUCCUGAGCUCAGGGACAGUCAUCGUUCCGACAAGGUUUCAGCAGCAAGAGUGUUGCAAGAUACAUGCAACUACAUAAGGAAUCUGCAUAGAGAGGUUGAUGAUCUCAGUGAGAGGCUAUCUGAGUUACUCGCAAACUCAGACACUGCUCAAGCCGCUUUACUCAGAAGCUUACUUACCCAAUAACUUUCAUCUUCUUAUUUUUUACUAUAAUAAUAAUAGUACGCGAAUUUGUUUCUUAUUCUAUAGAUGAUGACCUUAUAGGUGUUUAAGGAUACGAGUUCGUCACUUCUGCUUCGGUCAUACAUAUAAAAUCUUUGCCCUUUUUCGGUUAUUUUGUUUGUCUCUUUUUCGAAUUCUGUUAGGGUUUUGUACUUGGCUAUGCUCAUUUUCUGAAAUUUAUUUGUUUGUCUUUUAAU